UUCGCGAAAAUUGUGCCCACAGCGCAACUCCGUCAAUCGUUGGAUGAUCAAUCAGAGAGCGCCGCGUUCCGCAUCUCGCCUUCGUUUUCGGCCCUCGAGAACAUUCCCGGCGGAAGAGAACGAUCGCGGCACACUGGUUUUGCACGUAUCAGAAGCAAGUUCUCUCGGCUUAACGCAACAUUCUCAACCGAUUUGUAUGCGCGACAUCGCCGCCCAAUCAUCCAAGUGCGGCAGUGUCCAUCAGAGAGAUAGUAUUCUCCACGAGUGAGUAUCGAGCGUAUCCAAGAAGCUCGCACGAAAUCUCUGUUAUCGAAUCGCGUUCGCGCUCGGAGUCUGCCUCGCGAGCAAGAUUUUUUCGACCGCAAGAUUUCUGUCGUAAGGGCAUCAAAUCGAUGCUCGGCAAGAUCUCCGUCUCGCGUUUGCGGCAGACUAUUGACGCCUCAAGAUUUCCGAGCGAUUCGAACCACGACAGUAUCCGUCAUCCGUCAAGUGUGACAAGAGGUCCCGGUGCAAAUUAAUCGCGAUAAAGUAGGACAGUAGGAGAGGGAUCAGUUGGAGAGGGAAGAGAGCGAGCGAUACUGUUCUUAAUUUGAUAACAUAGUUAUUCUAUUGUCGGUACGCAUUUGGAAAGGUUCACACAAAUUUUAAAAUGGAUCCGUCACCUGCAGAAGAUAUUCCGUAUUCUUAUUCGAACCCAGACCUCGUUGCUGUGACUCACACCCACUUAGAAUUAUCCGUGAAUUUCAAACGUCAUGUUCUUGAGGGCAAGGCAAUAUUGACAGUAAAGAAGAAAGUAUUGACGUGUAACGAACUAAUUUUAGAUACCUACGGACUUGACAUAUCUGAAGUCAGUAUCUAUUCUACUGGGGAAAUUUUAUAUCCCUUUUUUGGAAAUCAUCAUAAUAACUCUGGCAGGAAACUUACCAUUACCCUACCAAAUGUGGGUAGUGCAGACCCAGGCCCUUCAAGCUCUAAAGAAAUGGAAGUUAGUGAUAAUAAAUAUAUUAUUCAGAUUAAUUAUAAAACAGUUCCAAUAUAUAAUGCACUGUAUUGGCUAGAACAUCAUCAAACUUCCGAUGGUGGACCCCUUUUGAUAUCUAACAGCAAGCUUACACAUGCCAGAGCUAUAUUUCCAUGUCAAGAUACACCAUCAAAUAGAAUCACAUUCGAAUCGAAGAUUACUGUACCAAGCGGUUGUGGCCUUGACGUUAUGAUGCCUGGGAAUGCAAAAAGUAUGCGUGAAGCGAAUGACAUAGUUGAAUACACAUUUCUUCAAUUAUUGCAAAAUAUAGCACCGCAUGAGAUAUAUAUUGUAGUAGGUAAACUAAGAAACCGCGAGGUAAGCACUGGGAAUCUAAGAUACAACUUGUGGACUGUAGAGAGAUAUUUAAAUGAGGGUAUAUGGGCUAUUCAUAAAAUUAUGCCCAUGCUGUCUAAAAUCAAAGAGUCGUAUCAUUUCAAUUAUAUAGUUAAUGUAUGUGUGCUUCCACCAAAUGUGCCGGAAUUCGAUAUGCAAUAUCCUGAUGUGACAUUCGUGUCGUCAACUUUACUUGAAGGACAUUAUUUUAUGAUCAGUACAAUUGUUCAAAACAUCAUUGAAAGCUGGAUAGGAAGGACAGUUGUGAUUGACGAUUUUAAACACUUGUGGUUGAUUAAAGGCCUUAGUACAUUCAUUUAUAGGAAUCCUAUAAAUAAUAUAAUAGACGCCGAAGAUAUUCGCGAAUUUCUAAAAAUAAAAGGCAUUAACAAUGUGCUGAAUAUGCCAGAGUUACGAACCGUCUCUUUAGUACCUGUUUUUACGCAAAAUUUAUUGCCCAUAAACAUUAUCAAGUACGUGUCGGAAAAAGGGUGUGUGUUUUUGAAUUACUUACAAGAUAAAAUAGGUGGCCCCGAAAAAUUCAAAAGUUUUCUUGUAAAUGGUUUAUGGCCACAUUGUAAAGAACGUAAAAUCCUAACGACUAAUCGUUUUGAGAUUCUUCUGAAGAGAUAUUUUUCUACUAAUGGAAAACCCGAGAUUUUAAAUACUGUAGAUUGGGAUAAAUGGUUUAAUGAACCAGAUUUCCCACCUUCUUAUUACAAUUCCAUGGUCAUAAGGAGUCGUUGGCAGAGGUGGGUCGAACAAGAAACAGCGUGUUUUGCCAAAAACUUGGACCAGUCUAAUGAUUUUGCUAUAAUAGAAUUUUUAACCUAUUUACUUGCAUUGCCUAAUACGGUUCUGACGGCAGAGAAGUUACGAAAGAUAGAAGAUACGUUUCUGCGUGACCAGGAGAUUUGUGUGAGGGAAAUAAGGUUUCUCUGGCUGCGCUUGUGUAUCAAAAAUAGAUGGUUAGAUGAUAACAAACGAAUAUUCGAGGAUGCUAUAAACUUUGCCAGCGAAUAUUGUAUGCCGAAAUAUGCCUGCCCAAUAUUCCGCGAUUUGUACGAAUGGGAAGUAACUCGUGAGAUGGCCAGGAUAUGGUUUAUGGAUCAGCGUGAUAGUCCUAGUAGUUCUAAAAUGCUUCCUGAAACUAUAAAUAAAUUGGAAUCCAUUCUUGAGGGUCAAUUGGAUGAUAGAGCAUGAUUAACAAAUGUUCUAUAUAUAUAUAUAUAUAUUAACUGACGGAAGAUGAUAUGUCGAAAAAGAAGUUAAAAUAAGUUUGUCCUGAUUGGUACAAAAUGACAUACAGGUCUACAGCAGAUUUGCGCUUUACGGCCGAUAUUGUUUUCUGUUAAUUUCACUCCUCUCGUUUCGUGGCAUACAUGUUGUUCACGGAGCCAUAAAAGGUUUGAGCUAACCUAAGAAAAGCUAUUAAUUUAUAAAUUGUAUGCCUGUGUGAAACUUUGUCGAGUGUGCGCUGGUGUAUUUACUGGUCAUAGUUGUUAUUAUAUAUGCAUAUAAAAUUCAUAUAAUAA